UUUUGUCACCAUGCAUGCAUGUAUAUAUAUAUACAUCCACGUUUCUAAUGUAUUUGUAUCAUAUAUAUCACCCCAAAAUAAAUAACUUUCGUAAAGCAAAUAUUGAGAUAGAUGUCUAACUAUCUAGGAGGAGUUACAAGUGCUAGAAGUGUAGAUGAUCAAAAUUCUAAUAAUAUUAAUGGUGAAGAAAGUUUCACUAGGGAUAUUCAUGCCUUGACCCCGACGUCAUCCAUUAUUUCCCCUCCGCCACCGAUUCAUCAUCGUCUUGCCUCGUCUCUAUCUAUUGCUACAAGUGAUGAUUUUUCUACUACUAAUAAUAGUACGUUAGUGGUGGCGGGAUCAACAGUUGAUGGUGGAAGCAACCGUGUGAUUGAGGAAUUAGAUUAUGAAGUUAUCGAUGAUCUUGGUAUGAUGUUGCAUGAUCCUAAUAAUAAUUCGUUGUCUCCACCACCGUUACAAUAUGGUAGAAAUAAUCAGACAGGGGUGUUGGUGCCGGCGGUGAGUAAUGUAAAAAAAGAAGAAGUUGAAUGGAAGAUAAGUGCAUGGAAAAAUGCUAAGAUUGCGGAGAUCACAAAUAGGUUUAAGUGUGAAGAUGCGAUAAUAAAAGGGUGGGAAAAUGAGCAGGUUCAAAAGGCGACUUUGAAGAUGAAGCAAGUCGAAAGGAAACUGGAGGAGAAGAAAGCGAGAGCGAUGGAAAAGAUGGAAAACGAGAUAGCAAAAGCUCAUCAAAAAGCCGAAGAAAAGAGAGCAUCGGAGGAAUCAAAGAGAGGAACGAAGAUAGCGAGAGUUCUUGAAGUGGCUAACUUAAUGAAAGCUGUUGGAAGAUCUCCUGUUAAGAAUUUCUUUUAAUCGAUAUAUCAAUUAUAUAUAUGUGUCAUUUCAAUUAUUAGUUGAUUAAUUUCAAGAGGCCAGGGUUUUGUUUGUUUGUUUGUGGGAAUUUGAAGUGUAAUAAGGACCCCAAAUUAAACCGUAAAGCUUCUUCACCUUUUUUU